GCAUGAUAUUUUCUAUUUCCUCCUCCCCUCCUUCAUUUGGACGUCGGUGUUUGUGCAGUGAACAGUGCCCUACAGUGCGUGACACGUGCUUGUUUCAAUUAAAUAAAAAGAUCAAAUCUUCUAAAUAACAAUGGCAGACGCAGCAAUUGAAAAGAAUGACGCCGCUCCCGAGGAGGUCACCUCUACCGAGGCGGCGAAGGAGUCUCCAGUGAAGAAGUCUCCCGCCAAGAAGGUUGUGGAAGCGCCCGAAAGCAACGGCAAGGAAGAAAAUGGCAGCGGAGACGCGCCAGAGGACACCCCUGCUGAGAACGGUGACGCCGAAGAGAGCAAUGACGCCACCGAAAAUGGAGACUCAGAAAAGAAGGAACCUGCCGUGAAGAGGAAAUCCGUCGCCGAUAAUGGUGAUGCUGAGAAGACCACCCCCGAGAAGAAGGCGAAAGUGGUAGAAGAGGCCCCCGUUCCAGAGGCGGAGGAAGCCGCAGCCUAAACCUCACUCCGCACACCGCUCGGUUUACUGCAAUGCAUCCAUGUUCAAUAGGGCUCAACUCUCUUCAAACAGACUGAAUUAUACUACAUAUCCUUUACGCAAACUUUGCCCCACAAUACACCUAAGCAAUAGAUUUUAUACAUUAUAUUAUAUGUAUAACUAUACCAAUGUAAUAGAGUUGAGCCCUUUUGUGACAACACUAAGUUUAGGUUUAUGAUACAUUGUGUAUUAAACUUACCUGUGAAGUACCUGUAAAGUGUAAAUUAAUGUUAAAACAGUUGGUCAUGCACUGUGACAAGUGCAUCGCAGUGAACUGAUCACCUGAAGUUGGUUAGCUGUUGUAUGCUGUUUAGCGUAUUGGUGUCUAUUUCAACGGACUUAAUGGGUUAUUGAAUUGAUAACUAUUAACUUGCAUUGGUUUGGUAAUAAUUGAAUAAUAUGUUUUUGCCAGUAAAAUACUGCCAAAGUAAUUCACCGUGUGUGAAAUCAAUUCACGAUCCGUUCUGUGAACGACGCGCUUAAUACAGCCUCCGAGAAACAAGGAUUCUAGAUUAAUUAAGAUUUUAAUGUUUAGAUAAUUCAGUUGUAAAUUUAAGUUAGCAGUUACGUCGCACAUUAUUUUUCAUAGGCAUUAUUACUUAACCAUUUAAACAUUCCUUUGACAUUUUGGUCAUUUUGCACUGUGGUGGUCAAGCCGGCCGGGCCAGUGGCUCUGAAGGCAGUCAAUGGAAACGCACCACAGUGCUACAAGUAAUUUUAAGGAACGAAAAUUAAUUAAAGUUCAAAGUUGACAUAUAAGGUGAUACAAUAUUGACAUACCUACUUUUUGUGCUAUUUUUGUGAUUCUAUGGACGCAUCUUUAUUUUUCUUAUAUCCUGUUUUUCUAAUUUAUUUUCUUCUCCAUUGAUAUGUGAUAGAAGAUUACAAACCUCGAAUGUAAGAUAACCCUUGGAAAUGAAUCUUCAUUUUUAUUGCCAAACAAAAUAAUUAUAUUGAAACACAUUGUGUUCUGUCUUAGAUAUAAAACAAAGAUUUUCGACUAACUUUUUAACUACUUAACAUUCAUGUUUAAAUUUUGAUUCAAGAGUACAUUUAGAUUAUUAGAAUAUAGUAGAGUGUACAGUUUUAACACUUCUCGUACCAGUGGAGUUAGUGUUUGUAAAACAUUUCUGGCAAUAAAAUAGUCCAAUCAA